AUGCUAGUUACAACGAGGGAGUCUUUAGAGUUUAUGAAGGUACAAUUUCAAGGUUACAAGAGUAUAAGGAUAAGAACAUUAGAAGAAGCCCAUGCUCAGACCUUAGUUCAGGAAUUACUUUCAAACGCCAAUUCUCUAGACUAUCGGCGAAUCACGCAAAUCUGUGGCUUUGUACCCUUAGCAAUUAAAUUAUUGUGCUCCUCAGUUUCUGAAUAUAGGGGUCAACCGAGCCAAUUCCUUGAUGAAUUCCUUCAGCACUCCGCUUCAGCGAGUAUUAUCGAGAUGUUAGACAACCCAGAUUAUCCUCCCAAUCUCAGAUUGAAAUUUCUUUUUUCCUCAUCUUUCCAAAGACUGAAUGGACAUGAACAAGAAGCACUAGUGUCGUUGAGUAUUCUCCCUGAUAAUUUCGGUAGUGAGGUUGCCGCUGCCGUUUUGGGUAAAAACACUUUUCAGACUACCAAGAUGUUGCAAAACUUUCGGAGAAAGUCACUUCUUGAUUUAGGUUUGCAAGAACAGUUCUUCACGAUGCAUAAGCUGAUUCAAACAUUUGCAAGAGAAAAGGGACUAAAUGAAAUGAAAGAUACGUUUCUAAAAUCAAAGCACCAUUUGCAUUCGUUUUACGUGUCACUGUUUGAGAGGCUUAAUGGGCAAUAUCUCACUGGUCAUUCAAUGGAGGCCUUUCUGGCAUUCUAUAAAGAUGAGCAAAGCAUUGUUCAAAGCCUGCUGGAGUCUCUUUCUGAUCCCAUUACAGCACGCGCAGUUUUUGAGGUGUUAGCAAAGGGAGAGUUAUUUCUUGAUAACCUUUAUUUCUUAGAGGGAUCAACCUUUAACAUAAUUUACGAUUCAGCAAUUGAGGCUGCAAAGAGGCUGGAGGUAAACGAGUCUUACAGUCAACUACUGGUUUCAAAGGCGUUUGGAGAAGCAUGUUGGGGACCAAAGGGAAGUACGACGCAGUUGCUUUGUAGAGCGAAGGAAACGGCGGAAUCCUCGGCCCUGCCAUUAGUUUCCAAGUCAGAACCACAAGGAAAACGUCUGUGUUAUUUAGGCAUCAACUACCUUGCUAGCUCUAAAACUGAAGAAGGAGUUCAGUAUUUGCGAGAGGCUCUUCAGUUGAUGCAUGGGAGCCCAGAUUUGGCAGUCCUUAGGCUUGUUACUCUCCAAAUUCUUAGUCAGUUUUCCCAAAUUCAAAACCAUAUGCUUGACUUGAAUCAGUUACUGUUCAGUGCAAAAAAGGAAUGCAAGGCAGUAGGAGACAUGGAUCUACUUUUGAUACCGUCAGGGAAAAGCAAAGAGAGAAAAACUGAAGUAGAAGAAAACCUGACAGACCCUAGCAUUCUUUCUAACCAUCCUCUAAGAUGGCAAGUACUUGACCUUGUAAGCAAGGCAACGAAGAACUUCAUGGAUAUUGAUACUAAGCAACAUCUUCGAAAUAUUUCUCAUAAAAUGCUGAAAGAGAUCGAAAUGAAGCAGCACGUUUCAAGCGGUCUCUUUCGUUUUCAUCGAAAUGUUAUAACCUUAUUUAAGUCAAGUGGAGACACUAAAAUUCUCCUUGAAACAAGAAUCAGUUACCAUCAAACAGCUCUCUGUCAAUGCAACGAAAAUUCUUCCGCUUACUACUUGCACAGUGAAGCUCUUGCAGCGUGUUACAUGGAUCUUGGAAACUUUCUCUCCGGGAAAAAUAGAUAUUCUGAAGCCUUUAAAGCCCAACAGCAAGCACUGGGCUUGUCAAUCCCUCUUGAGGGAGAAGAACACGCAAGCACCGCUGAUAGUUAUCAUGGGUUUGGCGUCACUCACCAUUCACUUGGAGACUUCAAAGCAGCACUAGAUUCUCUACAGCACGCACUUGAGAUCUGUCUUAAACUGUUCGGAGAAGAACACGCAAGAACCGCUAAUAGUUAUCAUGGGCUUGGCGUCACUCACCAUUCACUUGGAGACUUCAAAGCAGCACUAAAUUCUCUACAGCACGCACUUGAGAUCCGUCUUAAACUGUUCGGAGAAGAACACGCAAGCACCGCUGACAUUUAUGAUGAUCUUGGCGUCACUCACCGUUCACUUGGAGACUUCAAAGCAGCACUAGAUUCUAAAAAACACGCACUUGAGAUCCGUCUUAAACUGUUCGGAGAAGAACACGCAAGCACCGCUGAUAGUUAUCAUGGGCUUGGCGUCACGCACCAUUCACUUGGACACUUCAAAGCAGCACUAGAUUCUGAGCAGCACGCACUUGAGAUCUGUCUUAAACUGUUCGGAGAAGAACACGCAAGCACCGCUGAUAGUUAUCAUGGGCUUGGCGUCAUUCAUCGUUCACUUGGAAACUAUAAAGCAGCACUAGAUUCUGAGCAGCACGCACUUCAGAUCCGUCUUAAACUGUUUGGAGAAGAACACGCAAGCACCGCUGAUAGUUAUGAUGAGCUUGGCGUCACUCACCAUUCACUUGGAGACUUCAAAGCAGCACUAGAUUCUAAGAAACACGCACUUGAGAUCCGUCUUAAACUGUUCGGAGAAGAACACGCAAGCACCGGUGAUAGUUAUGAUGGGCUUGGCGUCACUCACCAUUCACUUGGACACUUCAAGGCAGCACUAGAUUCUCUACAGCACGCACUUGUGGUCCGUCUUAAACUGUUCGGAGAAGAACACGCAAGCACCGCUGAUAGUUAUCAUGGGCUUGGCGUCACUCACCAUUCACUCGGAGACUUCAAGGCAGCACUAGAUUCUCUACAGCACGCACUUGAGAUCCGUCUUAAACUGUUCGGAGAUGAACACGCAAGCACUGCUGAUAGUUAUCAUGGGCUUGGCCUCAUUCACCAUUCACUUGGAGACUUCAAGGCAGCACUAGAUUCUCUACAGCACGCACUUGAGAUCCGUCUUAAACUGUUCGGAGAAGAACACGCAAGCACCGCUGAUAGUUAUGAUGCCUUUUCAUUUGUUCAAGUUUGCCUUAGUGAUUUGGAGGGAGCAUUAGAGUCAGCAAAGCAUACACCUCACCUUCUGAUUGAACUGGGAGAAAAGCAGACAGGUCCUGAUUAA